AUAAGUGCAGUGUUAAUUUCUGCCGAUAAGUUCCACUUUGUUCUUACUGUUUGCUGCGGUGAUGACGUCACAUGCUUUUACGACGCUCCUGCCGUAUCACGAGUCCGAGGAGCACUAGCCAUGUUUUUCUCCAUGAGUGUGGGGGAAUAGCGAUCUCCAGCCGUGUGCGUUCCUGUGCAAAUAACCACACGUCUGUCCACCCCUCCCACAUUCGUUAAGUAUGCCUACUGCUGUACUGUUGAGCUGCUAUUAACUUCCAUUAAAGUAUAUCCGGACAUCACUCUCUGUGCCCCACUCUCUGACCGGAGUUUAAGUCCUGAGGGAGCUAUCAUCCCAGCAUCCCAGAGAUAACUCUCUAACAAGUGGUCCUUCGAGCCGGAUAGAUAGCUACUCUGAGGACGACAUGGAGUUUAAGCACCAGGAUAUCCCUGACAUAUCCGUGCGACGGAAAACUCAGCGAGAGAGACAUCUCCCGGCUUACUUUGAUGAUUAUGAAGUUGAAUAUCAACCCAAAUCAGGUACAUCCACCGAUAAACCAACAGCAGGUGCAGAGGCAGGGAUGGCUAUAGAUCAGCGCUCUGCCAGGCAGCGCUCGACCUCUUCACGAUCACAUGCCUCAGGUUCUCAAUGCAGUAAACCUAGAUCCCAGGCUAGUGGUCACUCACCUUCGGGAGGCUCUAUCAUCGCAGGGCUAACUGAUUUGCAGACAGCGAUGUUGGAAGAGAAGAUGAAGGGCAUGGAGCUAGCAGAAUUGCAGCGGCAGAUGAUGGAAGAGAGUCUAGCUGAGGAACAGUGUUUAAUAUUGGAUGCUCAGGCCCGGGAAGCCCUCAGUAAGAAGGAAGAACUAUACAUGCAGCAAGAAAGGCAAAGACGUCAAUUAGACGAAGAGGCACGUACUGCUCACAACACCAGAGAAUCUAUUACCAGACGUCUAUCAAUGCAGCGUCGACUCAAAGAGAAGGAGAUGGAGCUAAAGAAAGCUUCCCUCAUUGCUGCUUUUCUUCGUGAUCAAGAAGAUGGGCUGCCAGCACCUAGACCUUUAAAUAACUGUGAGUAUGACUCGGGCCUGCAGGCUUGCAGCAGUGGUGUAAACUCCCAAGUGAAUCUGUCAGAGCAGCCAGCACAUAACGGACAGCAACGUAAUAUGACCAGCUAUGCGAAUGCUUUCCCACCUUCCAUCUUGCCAGUGGAUGCAUCAGUACCAGAUUCGCAGCCCUUACAUCCCACCAGCUCCUCGGCUGACCUGGAGCCAGUAUCUGAACCUCUCCAUGAGUGUCCAACGCAACAUAUCAGUCCUGCUGUGGACACUCCCUCAGCUGGUCAUCAGUAUGGUCAGCAGCCAGGCGGAAAUCACCCCCCUAUUACCUACUCGACUCAGACUCUCCGACCUGCAGCAGAGGACAGCUCUAAUAUUCCUAACCGACAAUCACAGCCUCCUGGAAAGGUGAAACAUCAGGGAUGGCUUCCUCCAGUGCCAUACUCAACACCCAGUCAGUUUCUACCGCUUCCUGAUUUACCGUCCCGCCUGCGGGAUAAAGUCGGACCAGCUGGCUGUGGGCCCACGGCGCCGUCUUUACAGUCCGAGAUACCGUUGCCACCUACUGCCAGCAAUGGCAACAACUUGAUGGAACUGCUAAUUGCCAGCUCGUAUGGGAUCCCCAAGCCAGCACUACCUUCUUUCGCCAGUGGUAAGGAAAGUGAUUUCGCGCUUCUUAAGAUGGCUCUGGACAGUCUGCUUGGCAGCCAUACUCAUCUCACAGAGCAGUUCAAAUAUCAAAUCCUUCUGGAGCAGUUAAAACUACCAAGUGCUCACAAACUAGCACAAGCAUAUAUGCAUGAUCCCCUGCCAUAUACUACAGCACUCCAGGCUCUCCAAGACAAAUAUGGUCAACCUCGUCAGCUCGUACAGAGUGAGCUUGGAUCUAUCCUGAACUCUCCCCAAAUCCGGGUGGGGGACCCAGAAGCCUUUGACAAUUUUGCUCUGGAUGUGCAAGCUUUAGUAGGUAUGCUUCGAUCACUGGAAGGUGAAAACGGCUACGAACUGCGAUGUGGCUCUCAUGUCGAUAAGUUACUGAGUAAGCUCCCAGCAAGCUACAGAGAUGGGUUUGUUGAGUACAGCCUCAGUCGUGGGAUACUGAGAACUGGAACUGACAAGACAUAUACCCUGCCAGAUUUUUCGGCCUGGCUCCAAGUGAAGUCGCAGGCCAAGCGCAUAUCUAGUAGGGCAGCCGACAUGUUUCAGGACCAGACCAAACAAGGUCAGAAAGGCAGGAAAAGCCAAAGAUAUCCUUCCACUGUGUAUUACAACACAGACAACAGGAAGGGGGAUGGAGCUCAUCUGGAACCAGGUCAUCGGACACCUCUCAUUAAAGGGAAGAUUAAGCCAAAACCUUACUGUCCAUACUGUGACACCCGUGAGCACUACCUUAAUCUUUGCCCCAAAUUUAAGACACUGUCCACCACCCAAAUUGCAGAGUGGAUCAAAGAUAAAGGUUGUUGGCGUUGUGGACGGAAUCAUGCACCUGAUGUGUGCACCCUGAAGGCACCCUGUAAAGUGUGCAAACAGCAACAUCUUACAGUGCUGCUGCGGUCCCUAAGUCGCGGCUGA